AUGGGGUGGCUGUGCUUUGAGCCAACGACUGUUUCUCACUCCCGCUCCCCAGUGCGGUGGGCUCUGCUCCAGGCAGAGAAGGUUCAGGUCCGUCUUAAGCUUGAGCCUGUCAGUGUGCUCGGAGUGCGAUGCGGUGAGAGGAUUGGAUUUCUAGCUUCACAUGUAGUUGUCUCUCUUGUGAAAAACUAUCCAAACUAUCUGAUUAUAAAUCUAGAUAAACUCGACUACUGUGCAAGCUUGAAGAAUCUUGAAACCAUCUCUGGAAAAGAAAACUACAAGUUUAUCCAGGGAGAUAUUUGUGAACCUGAUUUUAUAAAACAGCUCUUCAAAACUGAGAAAAUAGAUAUAGUCCUUCAUUUUGCAGCCCAAACACAUGUAGAUCUUUCAUUUUGGCAUGCCCUUGAAUUCACCUAUGUGAAUGUAUAUGGCACUAAUGUACUGGUUGCUGCUGCACAUGAAGCCAAUGUGGAGAAAUUUGUCUAUGUCAGUACAGAUGAAGUAUAUGGAGGUAGCAUUGAUGAGGAAUUUGAUGAAUCUUCACCAAAACGUCCAACAAAUCCCUAUGCCUCCUCUAAAGCAGCUGCAGAGUGUUUUGUUCAGUCUUACUGGGAAAGGUACCAA